AUGUCGGUGCAGAGCUGUGAUUCUCUGUAUCUCUCUCUCUCUCUCUCUUUGCCCCCCCCAUCAUCCCUCAACCACAACCCCCACCCCACCCCACCCGCUCACCUCCCCAACCCCUACCCUCUCUUACAGACGGAGAAUUACUCCAUUGACUCCAGUUACGUGAACAGCAGAGCCCACCUCAUUAAAAGCACAUCGACAUUCAAGGACCUGGAGGGGAACAGUCUGAAGGACAGCGGACACGAGGAGAGCGACCAGACCGACAGCGAACACGACGUCCAGAGAGGACACUAUGUUGACACGGCUGUCAAUGACGUGCUGAACAUGACCGUGCCCCCUAAUGUUUGCCAGCUGCCUGACCAAG